AUGUUUCUCAAGGCAGUAGUUGUGUUCUGCGCGUGCGCCUGCGGAGCGGCGGUGGCGGGACCGCGCUUGAAUCAAGUCGAACCAUUAGAUAAGCCUAUUUGCUUGGACUCUGUAUUGACGUUAAUAAUUGACGAUUUAAGAAGAAUCCCAGAACUGAAUGUCAGAGUAUUAAGGGACCCGAUUCCAUCGUCAAGAGAUGACUUGUCAAAACCUGUGCAUGAGAGAUAUCCAUCAGCUGUCCUCUUCGGCAGGACAUGUGGGGGUACAAUUAUUGGGGACCGAUGGAUACUAUCCGCUGCUCAUUGCUCCCUAUUCACAAGUGGCAGGGAGGUAUUAGCUGGUACCAAUAACACAGAGGAUGGCACUGGCACUCGGAGACGAGUUAAGAAGUUGUACGUACAUCCUCGCUUCUCUGUUGGUCCCUAUUGGCUCAAUGCUCGAAGCUACGGAAUAAAACAGGUAGCGGCUCGAUGGGACUACCUGUUAGCAGAAUUAGAAGAACCACUUCCUUUGGACGGCAAAACCAUUAUGGCUGCCCCGUUGGAUGAUAUUGCGGUGCACGAGGCCGGAGAGACCGUCGGAUUUGCGGGAUUCGGAGCUGAGAACCAUGGGGACGUAAUGAGGCCGCAAGAGCACGCUAUGGACUUAGAAGUGUUGGCUGACUCAACCUGUGCUAAAUUAAUCGAAUACGACGCCCAAGAUAUGCUUUGCGCGACUGGCCGACCUCCAAGAUACGAUACAGCUUGUAAUGGAGACAGUGGUAGCGGUCUGAUCAGCGAUUCUGGAAGCGUUAUAGGUGUAGCUUCUUGGGUGGAAAAUGAUGCUUUCGAAUGCAAAAACGGUGCCACCAUAUACUUUUCACGAGUGGCCGCAGCAAGAGAUUGGAUCAAGAAUGUGACUGGUAUAUAG